AGCAAAAACAGACAAAGUUUUACAAAGUUCACCGUGUGUGUCACCGACCUCCAUCAGGAUGAUCGCACUGACCGUGAUCGCCCGCGUGGCGGACGGACUGCCGCUCGCUGCGUCCGUGCAGGAGGACGAGCAGUCAGGCAGAGACCUCCAGCAGUACCAGAGCCAAGCCAAGCAGCUGUGCCGUAAACUGAACGCUCAGAGUCCGGAUCGUUGUACACUGGAGGCUGGCAACAUGAACUUUCACUAUAUAAUUGCACAGGGUGUAUGCUACCUGCUCCUCUGUGAGGCUUCAUUUCCCAGAAAAAUGGCUUUUGCAUACCUCGAAGACCUGCACAGUGAGUUCUAUGACCAGUACGGAAGAAGAGUAGCCACAGUGACGAGGCCGUACUCUUUCAUCGAGUUUGACACAUACAUCCAGAAAACAAAGAAGUCAUACAUCGACAGCAGGGCCAGGAGGAACUUGGGUAAUAUUAACACAGAGCUACAGGAUGUCCAGAGAAUCAUGGUGGCAAAUAUCGAGGAAGUUCUGCAAAGAGGAGAAGCUCUUUCUGCUCUAGACACCAAAGCCAGCAAUCUGUCCAGCCUGUCGAAGAAGUACCGCAGCGAUGCUAAAUACCUCAACACUCGCUCCACGUAUGCCAAGGUGGCUGCGGUUGCAGUCUUCUUUGUCACACUCAUUGUCUAUGUGCGUUUCUGGUGGCUCUGAUGGACUCUCAAAAAGGACUUUGACUUCAGGGGGGGAAGCUGUUUCUAAGCAUUUAAACUGAUCCUGUUACAUUUGUUAUACUCCAGGGUGCCUUAAAGGGAUCAAAACCAUUCAGUCGCUAUUAAAGGCUUUCUAUGCUUUAUCCAGCUUUCAGUUACACAAUGUAUACAGUAUAGACUGAGCAACUUGCCUGAGCAACUCAUGCAACUUCUUGUUUCAUGGUGAGUUUAUGUACAUCUGCUUACUGGAAUAUUAAGAGCAAUGUGUUGAUAAAUUUGCAUUUACACACGGGUAAAAGGGUUUCUUUCAGAGUUUGAGCAGAGAAAACAUGUAUGCAGAAAAGUUCUAAAAAGUCUUAAUUACUGUGAUAAAAGAAUGUUUACUGUUUGCAAAGUUUACAUUGUAACAAAGUCUUAUUGAAAAUAUUAAAUAUUUAUCAAAUUGUAUGUUUCUAUUUUACAGACAGCGACAGUCCUGUUUAUGUUGUGUGUAUAUAUACACAGUUAUGAACUAGAAUUUCCACAGUUACAUACAUACUAAUCCUGUGAGGCACACUGACGUUUAUACAAAGAACACAUUAUGCAGAAGAAAAUGUGGAAUUCCAGGAGAAGGAACAGCUGCUGCUCUGGUGUGGCUCUGCUUGGAAACAAGAGUCCGUGCUCUUGUGCUA